AUGCAUGGCAUCCGUGCCCUUAGAAGACAUAGUAUUCGGGCUGGGCGUUCAAUCUAUCGUAUCAAAGAAACCGGCUCUUCAUUGCGAAAAUAUUUGAGGGAUCCAAAACUCGUGUUUCAGUUGGCCAAAUACAUUUACAACCGAAGACAUCUAAAACACUUAAUUCCAUUGUUUUUUGUAUUUUUUUAUAUGAUCAUAGGAUCAUUAUUUUUUUAUUAUCUGGAAGCAAAUGCAGAAAUUGAAAAAAUUAUGGCAAAAAAUGACGAAUACGUGAAAGAAAGGUCGCUCUUUGUUAAAAGAAUGGAAGAGUUAGUAGUUGAUCUUGUUGCACGUGAUCGUAAUAAAAGACAGGAAUUUAUGGAAGAAGCAAUUGAUCAUUUAAGUUGGCGUCUUAGUUAUGAAUUAGCAUCUAAAAAAUCAGAAUGGUCUAUCCCAACAUCAUUGUAUUUUUCCGGCACUAUUUUCACAACAAUUGGAUAUGGAGAUGUGGCAUGUACAACUUCCAUUGGCCGGCUUGCUACAGUACUCUAUGCUUUAUUUGGAAUCCCAUUGAUGCUAACUACAUGGAAUGAGAUGGGGAAAUUCCUCUACAAAUCAAUUAAUGAAUUUAUUGUCCUUCUUGGUAAAAACUGGAUUAAAUUCAAAGAUUUUUUGCACAGUUCAUUCUACAAGAUACGCCAAAAAAUAUCUGGUUUAUGUUGUUUGAGAACAAUUAAAAAAGACAAUAUGAGGAAAUCCCGAGGAUCAAUUAGUUCAGAAGAUCGCGGGAGUAGUGAUAAUAGCUCAUUAAGACAGUUAGAACAAGUAAAGGCAGUUAGCUUCAAGUUGUCCAUGCAAAUGCUACAAGCAGCUGAUUGUAUUAAAUUACGGAAUAAUGUUCAAAAAUGCAAUGAAGGGAGUGAAAUCGACCCUAAAAAUGGUUCUGAGCAUUCAGAAAGUGUCAGUUCGAGCGAUCAGCAAUUGAGUGAAGAGAGUGUGAUGGAAGUUAAAAAUGAUAAUGAAAAACUAGAAGGAUCUCUCAAAUCCAAUGCUAGCAGUAAAAAUUCUGAUAUUACAAGCGAAUUGUCUGAAGAGGAUUUAGAUCAAAAUCCGCCUGAUGCACCAAGGAUGCACGUAUUGGUGGCCAUUGCUUGCACUUUCUCGUGGAUCUUCCUUUGUGCAGGCCUCUUUCAAUUAUGGGAGGAAUGGAGCUAUUGGGAUUCACUUUAUUUUAUGUUUAUUUCGCUGCUAACAAUUGGACUUGGAGACGUUAAUGUUCAAAGACGUGAUUUAAUGAUGUUAUGCUUCAUUUUUGUAAUGAUUGGCCUUUCUCUAGUUUCGAUGUGCAUAAUGGUUAUUCAACUUUCACUAGAAGAUUUCUACAAGAGAAUGAUUGUCAAAGUAGUGACAGACUAUCAAAUAAAAAUAGUGAGAGGUAAAAAUCAAAGGAGGUCAUCAAUGGGCAGUAUAAUUAAAAACAAUGGAAAAGGCAAAUAUCUAAUUCCUAUGAAAAAAUGUAUCUUUCAAAUGGUGCCACAGAGUACCAAGAGACAUGUUCUAGAAGAAGUCGAGGAGGAGGCUCGCGAAUCUGGCAUAAAAUUACCGCCAUCUUUGAAAAAUCAUAAUACUGUUGAUCAAAUCAUAUUUGACGACAAAAAAGAUUUUUCUGAUAUUUAUGAGGAUACGCCAGUAAUAGUAAUUAAUGGAAUUCUUAAACAAGAACCUUCAUUAAAAGAACAACAUAAAGAUACUGAAUCUCCACAAAAUUUAACGUACCACAAUAUUCAGAAGAAAUUGGAAAGUUGUACACAAACAUAUGGAGUUCAAAUUCGUGAAAGCUGUGUCCAAAUCAAACCAUCUACUGAAGUUAAAGGCGUACAAACUACUAUGUUGCAAGAGGAUUUAGCUAGACAGAAGAAGCAUAUUGACAAAGAUGAAAUAAUGACCGAUGCUGCUAUACAGACAGAUCGUUUGCGGUUGUCAUUUAAAAAGCUCCAAAUACGUUCCAGGCGAAGUGAUGCUGAAACAAUGACAACAAAAGCUUUAGGACAGAUAAUGAAUGUAAAAUCCCAAACUGAUAAGAAUCACUUCACUGGAGAUCAAGAAAUUCAGACUUGGAUACCUUUCGAGUUGGUCGACCUCUACGAAAAGGAUACACAAACAUAUAGAUUCAUGAAAAGUCAACGAAUCCAGACUCCAAAACCUUUGCUUAAUGAUGCACAAACACAAAGUCAUAACAGUGAUCUUAACGGACAGAUUUAUCCAUCAGUUUCAAUGUUGAAAAUGUUUUUAAAUCCUAUUGAUAACAAUACCGAUAUUGCAUAA